UUAAGGACUGCUCUCCUGCUUCCCAUUAAGGAUUGGCACCUUUGGGGAGCGGGGGCGGGGAGGAGCAGGUACCCGAAUUUGACAGGUACCCGCUCCCACUUCCGGUCUGACCGCCUAGGCGAUCGGAAGCGGAAGGUGUCCUCCCUUCCUCCCUCCCUGUAGUCUUUUGGGACAUGUGACAGGUCCCAGAAGACUACAGGACCAUUCAUGAAGUGCAGCGCUACUCGCACAUGUGCAGUGGGUACCAGGCUGUGAAGCCGCAAGCUAUCACAGCCGGGUGCCCACAUUGAAGAUGCCGGUCUCCUGGAAUACAGGACGGCCGGUGAAACGGGCUGCAGGGGACACACCACGGGACCGAGGGACA